AUGACCACAUCAAAUGCAACUCCAACUACAAAUGCAACUGCAACUCCAACUACAAGUACAACUCAACAAACAGAAGUUGGAUCAUCCUCUCAAGCUGCAUCUCACACAAAUGAAUCUGAAACUGAAACUGCAACUCCAACAAGUAAAGGCAGAGCUGAAGCAGUUGAAGUUGGUGAUAGCAAAAAGAAGCACGGCAGAGUGAGAUCAUCUGUUUGGUUGGAAAUGACUAGGAUAGAUGAUGAAUGGGCUAAAUGUCGUUAUUGCCACAAUAAAUACAAAGCUCACAAUGACAAUAAUGGCACUUCUGGAUUGCGAAAGCAUUUGAAUAGAUGUCUAAAGAAUCCUAAUAAGAAGAAAGAAAAGGGACAACCAUCUCUGUUGAUGCCACCCCCAAAACCAGGUCAGGAUGGUAAACUUAUUGCUCAUACUUACAAUUAUGAUAGGUUAAGAAGGCGUCUUGUUGAGUGGAUAAUUAUGGAUGAAAUUCCUUUUAGAAAAUUAGAAGGGUCAGGCUUUGUGGCAUUGAUGCAAGAGGCACAACCUAGGUUCAAGGUUCCAGGAUGUAUGACAAUUUAUAGGGAUAUUUUAAAGAUGUAUGUAGAAGAGAAGAAUAGCCAAAAAACUUAG